GUUCAUAGAUGCAAAUUGUUUCAUUUAAUAAUCAUAUUUUACAGCCUAAUACAAUUUAAUCUCAAUACUCUUACCUCUUCCACGCUGUUCUGUCUUCAGCCUCUCCUGACACGACCAAAGGCAACGGCAUGUUGUUUUGGAUAUGGCUAAAAUGCUGACAUGUCGGAUAGCAAUUGGACGGCUCGAGAUUCAGUCCGACCGCAAUUCCCCACCUCUUAUAGUUAUACGCAUCCUACUCUCAUCCACUGCCUGGUUCUUCAUCUUCUCUGUGUCACAAUCUUCAUGACCACCGCCGUGAGGCAGCUCCUCCGCCCCAAGGUGGCCGUUCCCCAUGCUCAACUUUCUUACCCUCUAGGUAUUGCCCCCUCACCAGUAGGAUUCCUCGUGGGUGAAAGCUACAAAAGUAAGCCGCUUUGCAAACUGACUAGUGGGGGUCACCGGAAUCUGAGUUCAGUGGCCAAGGCUUCGCCUGAAAAUGAAGGCAUUGUGCCCUCCGAUGACCCAGAAGACGGGGUCUCUCUUGGUACAAUGAAAUUGCCUUCCAAUACUGACAUUCAGAGAUUUGAAAGUCUGCUGUUCCAGUGGGCCAACAGUCUCUGUCAAGGUGCUAAUCUGCCACUUCCCGUGCCUUUAAAGGUUGAUAAAAUACCAGGUGGAGCUAGAUUGGGUUUCAUUACAGUUGAAGAUGGAAAGACACAGGUCCUUGUGUAUAUUGAUUGCUUGGUUUAUCCAGCAACUGGCGGUUUAGGUCCAAUGUUUCGUGCCAUAAGAAAUGGUCCCUUAAAAGAUAAGUCACCUCCUGGUGAGCCAAGGAUCAUGAGAAGUCUUCUUCAAGCUCUGCAGAUGUCAGUUGAAAUUGCUAGAGUUUGAAAAAAAAAAAAGUCUUGUUUGAGAUGCAGUGAGACUUUUAACUUUUUUAGCCUCCUUAUAUAAUUUUAACAUUUUAUUAAUAUAUAUCAAAAUGGAAUCUAUUAAUAGUAUUUUUUCUUUGAAUACGGUAUCUAUUAAUAGUGUAAAUAAUUUAUUUAUCACCAAAAGAUUUUGGCCCUGGUCUCAUCGCAUGUUAUGCUUAUUCUCCAGAAGUUAUGCAUGUAUUUAAACUGUGGAAUAAUUUGAUGCCGUCCUUUAAUUUGGAUGUAUCUUCUAUGAAUAAUAUGGUAACUGCAUUUUGUGUAGGAUCAUUAAACUGGUGGACUAGGUAAUAUUUAUUGUUUGCAUAUCUUUAUUUGAUUGCCCAAGAUUCUUCAAAAUGAAACAAUGCUAUAUAGCAGAAGUUACUGAACCAAAUUAAAGGACAGGGUGGAGU